CGCCGAUUGGAUGAAUAGCUAAGGCGACGACUGGAAGCCCUCAUGUGGGUACCGGCUCAAUGUGGAAUGACGCAUUUGUUCAACGCGUCCCACGUUUUUUCACGGAUACAUGGGCCUCGACAUGCGGACUGCCCUCUCGUACUGGAAAAAAAAAACAAAAAUUCAUCAGAUGAAGUAUCUGUCAAAAAUCGACCUUGAUCGGCUCCUACUCUUUUUUUAGCUUUUCCCACUUUCUUCCUCCGUUGCUUUUGUUUUUUUUACACAUAACCUUUCCCAACAGUACUCUUCAACUGCCCAACUCCCAACUCAUAUGGGCUUUUUUACGUUUGGAAAGAAAACAAAAUCAUCCAAAUCAGUUGCACCAGUUACAAGACCAGCACCACCAAUAUCAACGACUGCGAAAAUUGCCGAUGAAAAAAAUGUGCUAGAAGUGACUGUCGCUAAUACUGAUGCUGUUCUCGCCUUGGCUACUAAGGCAGAUACCCAGAACACCAGUCUUAUGGAUGAUAUCUUGGGAGAACUCAGUGUGCAAUCGAAUGGAGAAAACAAGUGGAAGCCACUAGAUGAUCUACAAAGUGAUGUUAGCUUGAGUCUCCAAUUAGCUCGCGCCUUAGAACUAGACAACACGACGGCAAACACAACAAACGUGGCUGCCAACGCGGCACAUAAUCUUGCACACGAGCCAUCAAGCACUUCCGGCCAUUGUCGAGUUAACGGUGUCUUUGGUUCCAAUAGUAUAUACGGCGGUGGAUCCUCUUUCGCCUCCAACACAAGGGCUGAUAGCUGGCUAAACGAUUACAACAGCAUUACUGCAGCGCUGUCUUCCUCAACGCCAGCCACAAAGGAACCACCGCCCUUACCUCCACAAAGACAGUCUACUCCGUCGGCGGACAAACGUAAAGCGCCAAUCGUUCUGGACUCAGAUAUUUCUGACUCUGAAGAAGACGAAGACUCUGAAGCUUCUGACGAUGAAUACCGUGAUAAUCAUAAAGUGCCUGGUAGACCAAGUCAUUUGAAGUUGCAGAACAAAUACAAACAGAAGGCACCAGCGGAGACUCAACAAGAAAUGAUUGAUAAAAUGAAAGAGAGACACAGAGCAGAAGCUCGCAUGGCCAGUAUGCGAUCCAAGAGUUUCAGGCUACAGCAGCAUCCUUUGUUUUCAUCUAGUCGCUACCAUUCGUUACAGAACAUUCCUCCCUCCACUAAUAUUAUGAACACCAACCCUAUGCCAACUCUCCCGAUUAACUACCCCUCACCUACUCAUCGUCUACCGAACGUACACUCUAUGCAAGAAUUGAGUCCUAGGAUGGAUGACCGCGAGCCUAUUGCUAACCCACAUGGUGGCCGAGCUAAUCCUAUAGCCUAUUCCAGUCCUUACCAGACAUUCAACCGUGAUCAUCUUGGAACAGCUCCGUCGUACCCUGAACAAAUGGUUCGACCACCGCAUGCAUCUCGGGAAAUUAUCAGUGAUGUUUCACCUGCAUCCCAUGUACAAUAUCACCACAAGAAACGACUCAACAAUGAGAUCAGGCUCAGUCAUCAAAGCGAAAAGGGCAUGCUCAGAGAGAAUGUUCUGCGUAAGAGUAAAAGCUUUAGCAGCGACCCACACGCCAGAAGGCGAUACAUAGACAAUGACUUACCGCCCAUGCCCGCUUCUCCUAUUUCUGAGCCAGGUUUCGAUAGUGUCAGAAAUGACCAUCACAGUCACGUUAAGCAACGGGCCCAAUUAUCGCCUACCUCCAACAGGAUAUCAUCCAACAAUUCAUCCAUCACCGACGAAAGUGAUACCCCCAAUUUGCCACUCACUCCUUCAGAACUCUACGACGAAUCACCUCAAAGAGUCAAAACACCUCUUUCUUCAGAUGCUGAGCCAAAGUUAACUGUCAAGCCGCAAAACGUCGUGAAGCAUAGGAAAAGCGAAAGCUCUCUUCGUCGCACACAGCAGGUCUGUUCAGAAGAGAAUCAGGAUGAGCAUAUUUUGGCUAUGAAUGAAGAUAAUGAGCUUAAAUGGCAUUACCGCUGUUACCGUCAGCAGAGCACCUAUUCCAGCUUCUCUGAUUACCUCGCUGCGACACAAUACCAAAAGAUGAUGCUUCAACAUCAGCAACAGAUUAUUUAUAAUCCAUACCCAGUGCCUGGUUAUCAAUAUCAUUAACCUUUUUGUUUCCACCGUGCUUUUUGAAGAACCGAAGGGCUAACCCUUACCUUGCCACCAUAAGGGAAGAAGGAUAUACCGUUUCAAAUCAUUCCUUUCACUUGACCAUCGUUUAUUUUAUAACUCCUGUAUUGCGAAAUCUGUUACCAAGAUCAUCAACAUCAAUAGAAAGCUUAGCUUUGUAUG